AUGGCUGCCACAGAAGAAGACUACAAGAAAGCAGCAAGAGCAACAGGAAAAAAUAUUGACCCCGACGACAUACUUUUAAACGACCUUGUCUCCAUAUUCAUCGACUCCGUGAAACGCGGCGAUAAGGAGAAAAAAAUCGCCGAAUCGUUCAUCGCCAGAAUUUCCGCAUCAAAAACCACCACCAAGCAUGUAUUCCAUCUUUUCUCCAAACUGCAACAUCUGCCACUUUACCAAUGUCUCCUGGGAUUCGCAUUCGAAUAUGGAAUCGGGACGAAAGUGAAUCUGUAUUUGGCAUUUAUCUGCUAUAAAGCUUCAUCUGAGAAUUUUAAUUCGUUGGGCCAAGCGUAUUUGGCGAAAUGUUACAAGCACGGAAAAGGAACGGAGAAAAAUAAUAUUGCCGCAUUUUGGGAGUAUUUGAAAUCGGCGAUCGGCGGGUGCAGCGAGGGUCAAUAUGGAGUGGGAAGAUGCCAUGAAAAUGGCACACAAAUUCGCACUUCGCAUGUGAUCAGUUUCAUUCAAAAUCAAAAUAUUUUGAAUACCGAUCUAAAUUCAUAUGAACUUUCUUGUCCGGGUAUCAUGUCACUCUAUCAAUCGGAAGAGAAUACCAAGAAUCAACGAGCUUUUUUUUGGUUUAAAAAUGCUGCGUUGAGUGGAAAUGUUCAAGGUCAAUACGUGUUCGCGCAUUGCUAUGAGAAAGGGAAAGGCGUGACAAAGAAUCAAGAUCUAGCAUUUUAUUGGUACAGAAGAGCAGCACUGAAUGGUCAUCAAAUGGCACAAUCAAAAACGGGAUUUUGUUACUUUGACGGAAAUGGCGUCGCAAGAAACACAUUUACCGCUUUCGAGUGGUUCUACAAGUGUGCUCGGAACAAACUAAAGUGUGCAGAAAGACAUUGGGUUGCACGAUGUUUUCGGAAUGCCAGGCACACACGAAAAGACGAGAGAAAAGCUUUUUUGUUGUAUCAGAUGGAACUGACGUAUGAUCGGAACCCGAAAGUGAAUUAUGAUUUGGCGAGUUGUUUUAAGAAUGGGUGGGGUACUCCGAAAGAUAUCCAUCAGGCGAUCAAGCUGCAUCGGAAAUCGUUGAAAAAUGAACUGAGAUCGAGAAAAAAGUUGUUUAAGAUAUUUAGAAUCUGA